AUGGAUCCAUAUGAUAGUGACUCUUCCUUCGAUGAUGAGGGGUGCACUGAGACCGGCGUCCUUCUGGGAUAUGGCUCGGAGGAGAUUCUAGAUGACACGAUCAGUCACCUUGGAGGCUGGCCUGCGUGGCUCGACGAUGCUACCCCGCCUCCAGGUGAAUUCGCCAACUGCAAAGUCUGCAAUCGCCCUAUGCUGUUGCUCCUUGAAUUGAACGGCGACCUCCCCGAACACUUCCCCAAUGACGAGAGACGACUAUACAUAUUCGGAUGCUCAAGAAAAGCAUGCAACCGAAAGCCAGGCAGUAUUCGAGCUCUGCGCGCAACAAGGAAGUUCAAAAUCGAGCAGCCGCGGAAAACAAAGGAGGCCGAACCAGAGAAAGCAAACGAAGAUAAGAAAGAGGAGCCGGCGACCGAAGCUCCCAAACAGGAUCUAGGAGCUAGUCUGUUUGGAGGCGCGUCCCUCACAGGCAGUAUGUCGGCCAACCCCAAUCCUUUCUCGUCGAAUUCGUCUCCCGCGCAAGCCAACAACAUCAACCCAUUUGCGGCCCCUGCCACCGGCCCAUCGCAGUUGUCCCCCAAACCAGCAACACCAGCUCCGUCUACCCUUGCUGAAUCCUUUGCAGACAAGGUCAAAAUCUCCACCCCCGCGCCAACCACCAAGGCCCCCGAGGCCGCAGGUCCCUCUGCACCCUGGCCCCCUCAGUCCGCCUUCCCGGAACCCUACCCCAAUUACUACCUUGACGCAGACUACGAGGCCAUCUCCCGCCCAUCUACGCCCACAAUCCCCGAAAACGUCACCAUCGAAAAGCCCGACGAAGACGACGGCAAAGCCGGCGCUGACCUCAAGGACACCUUCGAAUCCGAAGUCGACAAGGCCUUCAUCCGCUUCUCCACCCGUCUGGGCCACAACCCAGAACAGAUCCUGCGGUACGAAUUCCGCGGGACCCCGCUCCUCUCCUCGUACACCGAUGCCGUGGGCAAGAAACUGCACGAUUCUCAGGGCCCCGGCGCCGGCCAUGUAACGACCAUCCCGAACGGCGCGAGCCGCAUCCCCCGCUGCGAAUACUGCGGCAGCGAACGUGUGUUUGAGCUCCAGCUCGUGCCGCAUGCCAUUGCCCUCCUCGAAGAAGGCCGGGAAGGCGUCGGCUUGGGUCCUAACGACGACGGCAUGGAAUGGGGAACUAUCAUCCUCGGUGUCUGUUCCAAGGACUGCGGACCAGAGGAAGUCAACGUCGUCGGUUGGCGUGAGGAGUGGGCGGGCGUGCAGUGGGAAGAAACGAGCCAAUAG